AAGAAAGAAUAGUUGAACUGGAAACAGAAAAUGCUAUUCUUCACCUGAAAUUGGCAGAGUACCAAGAAAGGGUUGGAAGGAGUCGCCGUGAGGCCACGUGGUUUUAUGCUCUCCUCAAUGGACAGCAGCAAUGGCCUAGCAGCGCUCACCCAGCCCUGGUGCAGAUCUGCCACCUGAUUCAGAAACUUAAACAAGAUGUCAAGGACUUUCGCUCUUCAUUUUUGGACCUGUUGAGCAGCUGUCAAGCCCAAUACCAAGAACAACUUUCUAACAUGGCAGCUGCUAUACGAAGAGCACAGCUCAGCACUGAAAAUCUGCAAGCAUGUCAAUCCGAAAUCCUUCAUCUCCAACUGUCUUUGAAAGAAAUGGACAUGCGCUACCACGUGGAAAAACAGAGGAGGAGAGAGCUCCACAACACUCUGGUGGAGCUGAAAGGAAAUAUCAGAGUUCACUGUCGAAUUCGUCCUUUGUUGCCUUUGGAUUGUGAGCUAGAUGAUCCAAUUUUACAGAAUGGCUCCGACUCCCGAGAGGUGGCCCAUGCGGUGGAUGAGGAAACCAUCCUAGUACGGUGUGAUCGUCCUGGCCAUCCUUUGAUUAAUAAGACAUAUAAUUUUGAAAGAGUCUAUGGUCCAGCAGAACCUCAGACAGCAGUGUUUGCAGAUGUGUGCCCACUACUCACAUCCCUCUUAGAUGGGUACAAUGUGUGCAUCAUGGCCUACGGGCAGACGGGGAGUGGGAAGAGCUACACCAUGUUGGGACCAGAGCUACCAUCAGAUGCCCACAGCGACUUGGGACUUAUCCCCAGAGCAGUUGAGGAGUUCUUCAGGCUUAUUUCAGAAAAUCCAUCAGGAAGCCCAAAGGUGGAUGUUUCCAUAUUGGAAAUUUAUAACAACGACAUUUUUGAUCUUCUGGCCAAAGACAGUUCUACAGUGGUGUCUGGGGUCAAGCGUGAUGUGGUGACCACCCAGGACGGAUGCACAGAGGUGCCCCUGCUGACCCGUGGGGCCAUCACCAGUGUCCUGGAGUUCAUGGAGCUUUUCCACCAAGGCCUGCGGCUCAGGGCGAAGAACCCCACCCUGGUGCAUGCAGAUUCUUCCAGAUCUCACUUAAUCGUAACAGUGACUCUGACCACAGCCACUUCCUUGGCCAGCACUGACCAGCAGCCUGGUCAGACCCUCCCCGGGAAGCGAACAAGGGCAAGUGAGAGGUGGAGCUCAGCUCACCAGGCUUCACCACCUGGGUCUGUCCCCGUGGACCCUGUGGGCUCUAGGAAGCAAGUGUGGUCCAGGCUGCAGUUGGUGGACUUGGCCGGCAGUGAGUGUGCAGGUAUGUCUGGAGUGACAGGCCUGGCGCUGAGGGAGACUUCAUUCAUCAACCGCAGUCUCGCAGCACUGGCAGAUGUCUUGGGCGCCUUGUCAGAGCACCGGGGCCACAUCCCAUACCGGAACAGCAAGCUCACCCACCUGCUGCAGGAUUCCAUCGGAGGUGAUGCAAAGUUACUGGUGAUUCUGUGUGUGUCCCCAGGGCAGAAGCACGUGGCGGAGACACUACAGAGCCUUGGAUUUGGGACUAGAGCUCGGCAGGUCAAGCGAGGACAGGCCAGGAAGAAAUCUCCCCACUCCCAGAUCAGGGAGUGGUGCCUGGGCUCAGCCUAGCAAUGAGUUCUCCCUCAAAAUGUGCUUCUUGUCCCUGAUGCCCGAGAAAUAAACAUGUUUUGUUGAGACUCA